UUCGAAGGACUCCCGCUCUUCAGUUCUGCCAUGGCGCUCAUCCUGGUCUUGUGCCUCUUCGCUGUCCUUCCUGCGGCCCUUCUUCAGGAGACGUACCUCCCCGAAACAUGGAUGAUCUGCAGAAAAUCAGACCCUGACUUGAGUGGUUGUAUGAAAACUGCUAUAUCUUAUGCUGUAAAAGAACUCAUGAAUGGUGACCGGAGGUUGGGUGUGCCCGCUAUAGACCCGAUGCACUUCCGGUCUAUCACCGUGGACCAGGGGACAGGUCCAGUUGGGAUAACCCUCAAGUUCACCAACCUCAACAUCCACGGCCUUUCCAGAGUGGUCAUCGAUAAAGUCGUGACCGACUACUCGAACUACAGGUACGAUAUAGACUUCCACGUGGAAGGGAAACUCCGGAUCUCAGGAGACUACGUGUCAAAGGGGAAGGUUCUCCUGAUCCCUAUACGAGGAGAAGGCAAGAGUAAUAUGACAUUUGAUAACUUCUCAGGAAAGAUCACCAUGAAAGGCCGGGAAGUGGCAAGCGACGGCGAGAAAUAUAUUCAGAUUUACAAGACAGACAUAGUUAUCGACACGACGAGGCUCUUCCUCAGCUUCAAGAGACCCCACCAGGAGGCGCUAAGUAAGAUCUUGAAUAGGUUCAUGAACGACAAUUGGAAACAGAUCCUGAACGACAUGAAGCCAGCCAUAUCUCAAAGCUUCGGUGCGAACAUCCAAGAAGUUGCUAACAAAGUCUUCAGCAAGAUCCCUAUAAGUCUUAUCGCGCCGCCUUGAAUUAGUUCCUCAAGUUCCUCGACUUACGGCUAAUAUCUCAUUUUUCAAAGCCAAAAAAAAAAGAAUAUGAUUUUUCUAUUUAUUUCUUUAAAAAAUAUUCGGAAGAAAGGUCAGCCAUGUUGUGGCGAACGUCAGUCUUAGUUGUAAGGUUAAAAAUGAAAGCUUUAAAACUAUUGUUAGUUUAAGAUACCAAUGAUACAAAAACCUAUUUAUUUAUUUCUGUAUCAUUAAGAACUAUAAAUAAAAUGUAUGUCGUUGAUAUGGUUUAAAAUGUCUAUCUGAUGUUAUUUAUGAUGUUUGUUAAGAUGAAAAUGAAAAUUGUUAAAUGAGAAAAUAAAAAAUAUUUUUCAAUGACAUAAUUAAAUAUAACUGUGUCCCAAAUAA